AUGGAACAGCAGGAAGUGCAAAUGGAUCAAGUCCAAGUGAUGGAACAGAGGGUGGGAUUGGCAGAGGUGGUUAGGGAAGUAUUACUUUUAAAAGAAAAAGUGGAAGAAUUAAUGAGGUGUGGUAUAACCUCCUUCCCCAUGGGUGAGAUUGGGAUGGUGUAUGCUCGUCCUGAAGACAGCAGGCUGUUCGGAUUGACUGUCAAGGACAGCACCACAUCUGAUUUCACUCUUUACCUGUACAAAUGUACAGUGAGAGACUGUCGCUGUGAGAAUGUGGAGAUCAAGAGGUCAUAUGAGACCAUGUAUGAAGAGUACCUCAAGACUGAGACUGAGGUGAUCCAUGAUGAACUGGAACACACUCCUGAUGUGAAUGCUGUUGUGACAGUGGAUGAAGAAACUGAGUCUGAGACGAAGACAAGUGUCGAGGAUUGCGACACACUCCCUCUCAACAGCGACAAUCGCUCUAGCUCCUUUUCUGAGUGUGACAAUGAGGAAGCAAGCAAUAAUGCUGAGACGAGAGAGGACGAAGAGGACAAGAAGUGUGAUUUCAAAAGAUCACGCAAGAAAGAUGAGAAAGAAGACGAAACUGAGGUUGUUGAGAUGGAAGAGGAAAAAGGAACAGAGUGUGACAAACAGGGUCAUGGUAGGGAAACCGUUGACUACAAUGAGGUCGAGAGUGAAGAAACUGGAAAGGAAAGUGAAGAGGCCACAGGUGAAGAUGAAGGUCUUGAAAAUGAGAAGGAGACUGGUGAUGGUGAAAACCCCAGUGUUGAUGGUGUUGAUGAGGACCCUGAUGAUUACAGUGAAGUGACUGAUCUUGAUCUUGAUAAUGAGGAGGAGGACACUGAUUUUUUCAAUGAAGAGACUGAUUAUUACUAUGACAAGAGUGACUACGAUGAAACUGAUGAAGAGGUGACUGAUGAUGAGGGCAGUGGUGUUGAGAGUGAAGGAGGAAUGUUCCGGUCUCCACGUCCUACCAGGAGUGGGUUCACCUACCUCUCCCCACAGCCUCUCACUCCUCUGACUCCUUCAUCACCACCACAGCCUCCACUUGAGGACCUGGACACUCCGUUUUACUUGCCACGACAGACACCAAGAAAGAGGCUCUCACCGUACAUCCUCAAUCUUAUCAAGCAGAUUGAAGCCUCGCUUAUAGAGCAGGACCAUGAUGAUCCAGACAAAAUUCCUGGAAAUGAAGAAGAAACUGAGGAACAGAGUAUUUUCUAAGGACGAAAGACCACCGCUUAAGCACAAGCAAUAACUUAUUGCGUCUCACAUUCACUGCACUGCUCAUCAUUUAUUCUCAAUCAUUACUCAUUCUAACACUAUAAAUCGCUGCUCAUCAUUAUU